AUAGUAAUGAUUCCUAACAGAAAACAGUUUAAACAUGUUUGUCAAGGUUUAACUCAUAUUUUGUUUAAUCAUCUCUCCUUUUAUCACUUGCUAUAGUUAUCAAUUUUGAAAAACAGUAACUUUUAUUUUGUGAGAAUAUAUUUUAUGUCACACUUUUUUUUUUUUUUGCGGUGUCUUACUUCUUUUUUAACUUUAGAACCAUCUUCAUCUGGUACAGUUGGUAAGUUUUAAACACCUGUUAUGCAUUCCUUAUCAAUGCAAUAUUUAUUUUUUAUAACAAUCUUUUAACCUUAGUUCCAACUCUAACUGCAACAAGUGUAAAAACUAUUACUGUGUAAUAUGUGUAUGCAUUUCUCAACAAUGGCAAUAUUUAUUUUCUAUUAAAACUUUUUAAACUGAGGAACAUCCUCAUCUGGUACAAUGGAACAUCCUCAUCAAUUGCAUUAUUUGUUUUUUAUUAACUUUUUUACCUUAGUUUUUUCAUCUUCUGCAUCAAGUGGACUGCCUUUAGAUGGUACGAUUGUUUUAUCGUCGUCUGCAUCAAGUGGAUUGUGUACAUCUUCUACAAUUGUUUCAUGUUCAUCUGCAACAACUGUUUCACCUGCUCAACCUUCUGCUGAGCUUACAUAUGAAGUAUACAAAAUUUACAGGACCCAGCAUCCUGGACCCACCAGCAACAAGUUAUAUUUGCGUUGGGUCCAGUUUGGGGGCAAAGAUGACCCCCUUUUUAGAUGGCUCUAUUAUCACCCAAAAAGGCGUGCUGGUGACAGCAGAGGAGGUACAGGAAAUGGCUGCGCCAGAAGAGGUCGACAAAGAGGGAAUGGUAACAGCCAUUAUGUUAACUUCAAUACAAACAAUUAAAAUUAUUUUGGCAAAAAGUUUAGAUGAAAAUAAAAAAAUGCCAAAAAUAAUUUAAUUUAA